AUGCGCAUCCCAAUCGCGGUGCAGCUGGCGCUGCUGGUGCUCCUGACAACACUGGUGAGCAUCGCGGUGCUUGCGGUAGCAACAUGGGUAACAACAUAUGAUUUCAUCGUGGAUGUCGAGGGACAGAGCCUUCGCCUCGUCGCAAACAUCAAGGCCAGUCAAAUCGCCUCGAGCCUCGAACUCGUGGAGGUGACCUGCAAAACCAUCUCGACGCGACUGUUGAUCCAAGCGGCCCUCAAACGAUACAACGAGGGCAACCGGUCCGCCACAAACUGGGGCACUUCCAUCAGCGAUCUGCAAUCGGCCCUGGGUAGCCGGGGCUAUCUGAGUCUCUACCAGGCCGUGCUCUAUUCGAGUACGGGAGAAGGAGGCGAUGAAAGGAUUCUCAAUGUGACCAGCGAUACCAUUCCAGACAUCACCUUGCCGUAUACUUAUGCCAAUGGAAGUGCAGCCAAGCUGGGUCAGGGGAGUCUCGGGUACCCAUCCGCGCUGUAUCCCAACAUCACCUACCAUACCUCGUCCGAUGGAUCGAGCGUGGCGCUGGCCUUCCCUGAAUAUUACCUUGACCGGGACACAACGCUGUUGUUGGGCCCGCUCUGGAUCAACAAUUCAUUCUCGCUGAUGUCCUUGACCUUGCCGAUUAUCAACAACACGUCAAGCACCGACAUUCUAGCGUUCAUGACCGUCCUUGCCAGUGCAGAAACAGUCCAGGAUGUGGUCAGUUCUCGCAGCGGCCUGGACAAUUCGGGGCAGGUCCUAUUGCUCGGCCCCUCUCGGCCGGAGAAUACCUUUGCCUCAACCGCGCAGCCUGCGACGGCCACCUCAUCUCCGGAUGCAUCGGCCUUGUCUGCUGCAGAAGUUCAUUACGUGUUUGAACCGACCGCGCUCCCAGAUCAAGCGAACCGACACCAGGGCAUCUCCACCAGUACCUCUUUCCCCCUCUCCCGAUACCCAGCUGCCUUGAAAAUCAUGCUAGAGCCCUGGGGGAGACAAAAUGCAUCCAUCAGUGAUCUCUCAACGAAGAAUGAGGAAGAUGCAAACGUUGCCGUUGGAGUCAUUCGACCCCAGACCUCCUUGGCUCAAUGGAUUCUCAUCAUCGAAGAAAAUCAUACGGAAGCCUACAGCUCGGUAUAUCGCUUACGAAAGAUAAUUCUUGCGUGUGUCUUUGGAACGGCAGGGACCAUCAUCCUCCUAGUGCCGUUGCUCAUGCACUGGGCAGUGGCACCUCUUCGACGAUUGCGAGAGGCGGCGCAGAAGUCUGUUGCUCAUCAGCUUCCACCGACCCAAGCCCAGCAAAGAAACAACCUCAAUUCAGAGAAUUCGGGCUUCAGUCUCGAUGAGGCCACGGCCGCCGAGGAACCGAUGAAUGAAAAGGGACCUUCAGCUCUGUGGAUCAAACAUCUCCGACGACCGCUCGAGAGACUAAACAGCUCUGUCAAACCGAUCAAUGCGGCUGGUCACCAGAGAAUAUUCCAAAUCCCUGGAAGAGUCCAGGAGCGACGGCAUUGUAUUACCGAUGAGCUGACUGAACUGACGAGGACCUUUAAUGAGAUGUCCGAUGAGCUGACGAUCCAGUACAAUCGCUUGGAGGAACGGGUGGCGGAAAGAACCCGAGAGCUAGAAAAGGCAAAACUGGCAGCCGAGACAGCAAACGAAAGCAAGACACUCUUCAUCGCGAAUAUUUCCCACGAGCUGAAAACACCCCUGAAUGGAAUAUUGGGUAUGUGUGCUGUGUGUAUGGGAGAAGAGGACCUGGCUCGCAUCAAAAAAAACCAAAUUGACCAAGCUAUCCAACUCGAGGAGAAAGAAUUCAAGCUGUCCGACAUUCGAUCACAAAUAAGCACCAUCUUCCAGAACCAGGUGCAUGAAAAAAGGAUUGAUUUCAGCGUCUACUGCCUCGGUGGAGACUCCAUUCAGCCCGCCAAUCAUCCUUUGUGUCUCGACAGAACCCAUGCGCAGCCUGCAAUGGGCUAUGAUGCAUCGCAACAUGCGAGAAAUUUUGAUAUGGUCCUUCGGGGCGACCAACACCGCAUUCUUCAAGUGCUGAUCAAUCUGGUUAGCAAUGGCCUGAAAUUCACCCCCGAGAACGGAAAGGUGGAGGUUCGGAUUCGCUGUCUCGGCGAGAUACCAAAUUCAGACUCAAAAGAUUCCACGUCGAUUCAUCGCCAAAGCAGUAAAGAGAUCUCGUGCGUUCAGACGGAUAUUUACCAGCCAAGAAGAAUGUCUCUCGAGAGACCAGACACUUCAACCAGUGGUGCCGGAGCAGACGGGACGCAAGUGCAUCCUAGUCCACAAAUAUUGAUGUUUCAAUUCGAGGUCGAGGAUAAUGGACCUGGCAUUGCGCCGGGUUCACAGAGGCGUAUAUUUGACCCAUUCGUACAGGGAGAUCUUGGUCUGAAUCGCAAGUAUGGAGGGACUGGCCUCGGGUUGAGCAUCUGUGCCCAAUUAUCCCGAAUUAUGGGGGGCGUCAUUACCCUUGACAGUGAAGAGGGCAAAGGUUCUAUGUUUACACUCAAGAUUCCGUUGAAAUUUGUGAAGGAGGUGCCUCCCAGCACUCACAAUUCCAGUGCCCCUGGAUCCCGCACUCCGAGUGUAUUGUCGUUGGAGGAGUUUUCGACUGCUGCACGAACACCGUCAAAUCAUGGCUCACUUCGAAACGAAUCCAUCGCGCCGGGAUUCGAGAAGUCAGAUAUUCAGCCCCGCCUGAUUGGGCUGAGCCAGCCAUUCUUUGCGCCUACAGUUCCCUCCCCUUCAUCAUCACCAUCGAGAAGUCCAGGGAUGAAGACUGCGGAUGACAGAGGUUCAAGCAAGAAACGUGUGCUGGUAGCAGAAGACAAUACGGUCAACCAAGAAGUUGUUCGACGAAUGCUGGCUCUCGAAGAAGUCUACGACGUGACCAUCGUCAAGGAUGGUCAGGAGGCCUUCGACACCGUCAAAUUGAAUAUGGAAAAGGGCACCGUCUUCGAUCUAAUUUUCAUGGACAUCCAGAUGCCCAAUCUCGAUGGACUUCAAAGUACGCGUCUCAUUCGGGAAAUGGGAUACUCAGCACCUAUUAUUGCACUGAGCGCAUUUGCCGAAGAAAGCAACAUCAAAGACUGCAUGGACUGCGGCAUGGACAUGUUUAUCAGUAAACCCAUUCGACGUCCGGCCUUGAAACAGGUGCUCAACAAAUUUGCCACCAUCCCCGAGGAGUUUGAGACGGGGUCAUCCUAA